AUGUGUGUUUAUGUGCCUCUCUUCAAGAGGUGUGGCAAAGUGUUACGAGGUGGUGUUGGUGGUGAUUUUGUAGGUGGUGAAAAACAAGUGACAUUGUGCCCACAAGUGUUUGACGAAAUGGCUAAGAAGAAACAACGUACACCAACUCCCGAAACUUCUCCAUCUCGUGAGGACUCUCACUCUCACGAGGACACGAAAAGUGAGGAAAGUGGACCCGACACCAAUAAAGAGGGAGAUAAGCCAUUGUAUCAAAUUGACCCCGAUCGAGAAAAUAUUCAAAGAUGGAUGUCCGUUUCCCAUAUACCUUGCGGAUGAAGGCGUGCACUUUAGAAAUCUUGACGAAUGGAAAUCUUUGGAUACGCAACAAAUUGGCGGGAGCGAACAGGAUGUUGAAGCACACGACGGGGACGGUGCCGACAGAAGUUUCACACAAAUGGAUUGGAUGGAAAGAAUUUUCAAUCAAUUGACAUCAUUGGAGGGAUAUGUGCGGACAAGGUUAGAUGCAAUUGAUGCUCGGUUAGAUACAAUUGAUGCUCGUUUGGAUUCAUUGGCCACUACUUGAUCCAUGGGACCCGACGUUCCCUCUUCAUCCACUCAUCCAUCCACAGUGAAAGUUCUUCUGUUUCUUUUUCAUUUUUUUGGACUGUAAAAUGCUACUUCAAUUUAAUGUUAGUUUUUGUUUCUUUUGAUUGUUUUGAUGGUUAUGAAACAUGUGAAACCUCAACCGCGGCCCAAAUU